ACUGAAAUGAUGGAUAUGACCAAAUUAUGCAUAAUUAUAGCGAAACGGUGAUGUAGGAGUUAAGAAAGGAGGGUCUUUCAUUUGUGUCUGUAUCUCUGUCUUUGGAUCUCGGGAAACGUAUGCAAGUUCCAGAACAGAAGACCCAUCUCUUUUUUAGAAGUUAGAUAACGGUCAUGGCAGCAGCUGAAGCACGGACUGGAUGGCAGCGUAGAGGAAAUUGUUGUUUUGUCCAUGGUGAUGUAAGGAGUGGUCAAAGAUUUUCUCGUCGUCCGUCAUCAUCUUCCUCAAAGGAAUCUGAUAGUGCUCAUGAGAAUGCUUCAUAUGGGAUUGAUCAUGUUAUCCCAGAUCGCACGCCCUUUAACUCAAAUCCGGAGCUAACACCCAGCACCAGGUGGUGGUUAAACCUGGAACCAAACUUUGGACCUCAGAAGGAAUUUAUCUAUGAUCAGCAAAAGAGCCUGGACGCUGAACUUGAAGUUCUAAGUUCUGGUUAUAUUAAUAAAACUGCCAUCAUAAGUGAUUAUUAUCAGUGCAAGGAGGUAUCUAGCAAUCAAAGUGAUUGUGAAAAGAGUGGCAAUAGUAUAUUGGAGAAACCAUGCACGGUUUCAGUCACUUCUCCAAAAAGUGACCCAAGUAAGAGAAUGCAAGAACUCAAGGCUGGAACUGGUGAUGGGCGGCAGUUUCUAAACAAAAGGGACACAGGAGAGUUUUGGUACUCUGAUGAUGAUUUCAUGAACUUGGAUUCUUUUAGCAGCUUGGAUUCUGAACAAAGCAAGAAACUGUCUCCCGAUUUAGAUUCCCAAUGGGUGGAAAAUGAGAAGUCCGAACCAUGGUGGCGAUCCACUGGUAAAGAUGAGUUGGCUUCCUUGGUUGCUCAGAAGUCGCUUGAAAAUGUCGAGAAUUGUGAUCUUCCACGUCCUCAUAUUAAGCAUAGUAGGAUGGGUCCUGCCGCUUCUACAAAGUUUCCUGACCCUAAUUUGUCUUUUGAUCAGAUUACUGAACUGGGCCUUUCCAAUGUCACCGCUUAUACUCAGGGAAGCUUUACUUCAGGUCACUCAACAUAUGAUCAAGACAGUCCUCUAAGUCACAACAAUGAUUCUGCUGCUACCCACCAAGAUGAGCCAGCAGAUGAGCGGAGCAAAGCUCAGCUGCUGGAAGCUUUGUGUCAUUCUCAAACACGAGCUAGGAAAGCUGAGAAAGCUGCACAGCAGGCAUAUACAGAGAAGGAGCACAUCAUCAGUCUCUUUUUCAAACAGGCGUCACAGCUGUUUGCCUACAAGCAGUGGCUCCAUUUGCUCCAAAUCGAGAACUUUUGCCUGCAGCUCAAUAAGAAAGAUGGCUUACCAUGGUCCCCAUACAAAGGCAGACACAUGAAGAAGAAGAAGGGUCAGCGCAGGGCAGGAAAGAGGAGCGACAACAGCCCAACGUAUGAGAUUAGCAAGGGUGCUGUUGCUUUUGCACUAGGAUUAGGUCUUGCUGGUGCGGGCUUGCUCCUCGGAUGGACUAUGGGCUGGUUGUUUCCAGCUGCUUAAACCUCUUCAUCAUUAUACCUUGUUUAAUAUGGCGCUCGUAUGUUAAUUAGUAAUUACUGUUCCUUCAUUAUAUAGGGUUUCUGUAUCAGAUUAGUACCCCUUUUUCAUCACCUCUAAGUUAGCUUCUCACUUGUUUAGAUUUGUUGAUUGUGUAUAUACAAAAACAGGUAUUUAUUUUCAUUUUGUAAUUGAAAUU